GUCACGAACACAGCAGAAAAACGGCCGUCGUCUACACACGUGUGUGAGUCGGAAAAUCUCUAGCAGGGAACACGGCCAGAGAUCAAAGAGCCGGAGAUGCCGCCCAAAAGAAGAAAAUUCGAGUCCACGUUUCCAGCGGCUCGCAUAAAGAAGAUCAUGCAACUGGAUGAUGACGUUGGACGUGUGGCAUCUUCUGUACCUGUCGUCAUCUCUCGAGCUGUCGAGAUAUUCUUGCAGGCUCUUCUCACUAGAGGAGCCGAUUAUGCCGCCACCAGAAACGCCAAAACACUCACUGUUGGACACCUUAAACACUGUAUAGAGCAGGAGAAGCAGUGGGACUUUCUGCGAGAGCUUACGGCCAAGAUUUCCGACGUGACGGCUCAGGAAGACAGCGAGGAGGCCACUGGCCCCAAGAGGGGAAGAAAGCGAAAGGGGAGUCCCCUGCCCGGCUCAUCGUCAGCAUCGGGAGCUGGCAGAGGGAGGAGGAAGCAGAAGGCGACGACAGCGAAGGCAGCAGUGACCGAUGCAGACGAAGCCUCUGGCAGUAGUGAGGAGGGCACGUCUGCUGCACACGUGGCCAGUCGUGGAAUGUUCAGUGAUUACUUCAACAAGGCCUCUUCCUCCUCUCGGAGCAGCUCCGUUGCCAGUGCAUCGCCAUCGGUGGGUCAAAACAGCAGACAGCAAGCUCAAGCCUCCACCUCUUCGACACCCCACCCUCCGACUGCAGCACCACUGUCCCUCCUCUCUCUCCCCUCCUCCUCCCACCUUCCCUCCCUCACACCCUCCUCGGACUCUGCGACCCCUGCCAACGUUGACCUCCCGGCCAUGACUGCAGGUCUUCAUCGACAUUUACCCGGGGCCAGGCCAGCCAACGAAGAGGAAGAGGAGGAAGACUAUGACGAUGAAUAGCAGUCCACUCUCCCCUUGUUAUAUAGGAGUCAUUUCUGGUGUCACGUUUUGUCAUUUUUGUCGUAUUUUUGCCUCUGUGAAAACAUGAGCACCACUAUUGUGUACACACUGUUUUGGCAAUAUUGAGAAAUGAAGUGUUUUGAGUCGAUUUUUGAGUCAAUAAUGUGCAUGUGUGUUAGCGCUUACAAAUAAUUAUAGAAACUGUGAUAUUGUGCGGAUUUGAACAUUUCACACAUGACGUGAUAGAAACCAUGAGGGGGAGCGAGGGGAGUUCACGUCAACUGUCCACCACUCUUCUCCUCACAGCAUCCCCUGUGCCUCCUCCAUCUCCAGUCCUCUCUCCCUCCUCAAGGUCAGAUUCCAGACUCCUGCAAUCAUCAGAAUAGCACGCACCACAUCAAGCACAACACAGUGUGUAGUGCACUACAAACCCCGGGACGGGACAAACUUUUAUACAACGGCGUCCUAUCUUUUUCACAGAAUUGAGGGAGAGAAAAACGACACACCUUGAAAUAUGGGACUGAACAAAUGGUUAUCGCUGCAGCUGCUAGUCUACAUAUUACCUGAGAGUGUGUAGAAUGUUGUGCAGACCUCCACCACCACCACCAGCUGCUGUGUCUCCCUCUGUGUCUGUAUCACCUGCCACACUGCUCAUCUCCGACUGGACCGACCCUGCUAUCUGACUCGACGUUGUCACAUCCUCCACCCCUACUCCGGUGCUCUCGGAGAGCUCGGAUGGAGUGGGCGUGGCUCUCUCGUCCCCUGCCCCACCCCCGACACCCCGGGGUGUGUACGGCGGUAACCCUGAUAUCGGAGUACCGCUGCUUCCCCCGGAGUGAGGUGGUCGAGGGAUCACCACUGGUCUUCUGUGGACUCCAGCAUUGGCCACACUCGUACCUCCCCCUCCUCCGGCUCCUCCUGGCAGCUGGGUCUGUACCCGUACUCCGGUUCCGGAACCAACCACGCCCCCUCCUCCCUG